AUGUCAUAUUAAUUUGGGAUCAAUCAAUUAUAGAGCACAACAGUUCCAAAUGCAAAGUACAAAACCAUCCUUUGUCGACAUUAUCAAGCAACUAAAUAAUGUGCCAUCGGUUCGAAAUGUUAAUUCGCUCAUGGAAUUGAAGAAUAAAGACAAAUGAAUGAUCCCCUGCCUGCUUCAGCACUUUCAUCGAUAGCUACUGCGCCUCAAACCACAAACAUUGAAUAACAAUAAAAAAAUUAAUAACCUUUGUUUAAAAUACCUUGCAAGUACCAUCAACUCAAUUUUUGUAAGAAUGGUUCAGGAUGCCAAUAUGUCCAUGAUUCUGACUCAUAAACACAAUCAACACCAUAGCAAUAAUAAUAACAAUAACAAUAAUAACAACAACAAUCAUAACAAUAACAAUAACAAAUCUAAUUAUCAUAACAAUAGUAAUAAUAGUAAUUCUCAUAAUAAUAACAACAAUAACAACAACCAGUCGAUGCGAUGUCCGUAACCUUGUCGCAUAUCUUGAUGGAAAUGUAACAAAUCUUCAAUCAGGAAGAUUUACUUUAAAAGGUAAGAUUUGCCAUUGAAUAAGUGAGAUAAGGAAAUUUAACAUUAGCGUGUGACUAGAUCAGAUCCAUUAUUAACUCAUCAGAGAGGACUGCAGAUGAAAUUCAAUCAUAUACAUUGUUAUAUAAUUAAUCAGUAGCAUAUUACAAAUAACUAUUAUAACAAUGA